GGGGGUGUAAUACGCGGCUGUGUCGUGAAGACAGUGUACAGUAAAGGUGGCUUCAGCAGGGAGACGCAUUGGGAAGUGAACAAGUGAGCGGCUAGGGCGCACUGGGACACUCGGUCAUGUCAGAUAACGGGAGCACGGAGGCGCGGACCUCUCCGAGCCUCGGCAACAAAGUGACCGUUGUGCUUGGAGCGCAGUGGGGCGAUGAAGGCAAGGGCAAAGUGGUGGACCUGCUGGCCCAGGACGCCGACAUGGUCUGCAGAUGUCAGGGAGGCAACAACGCAGGACACACAGUCGUGGUGGACUCUGUAGAGUACGACUUUCACCUUUUACCUAGUGGCAUUAUCAACCCUAAUGUCACAGCCUUUAUUGGUAACGGCGUAGUGAUUCACCUUCCCGGUCUCUUCGAGGAGGCUGAGAAAAAUGUGCGGAAGGGUAAAGGUCUGGAAGGCUGGGAGAAGCGGCUCGUCAUUUCUGACCGCGCCCAUAUCGUGUUUGAUUUCCAUCAAGCUGUGGACGGAGUUCAAGAACAGCAGAGGCAGCAGCAAGCCGGCAAAAAUUUAGGAACAACGAAAAAGGGUAUCGGGCCUGUCUACUCCGCAAAGGCUGCAAGGAGUGGCCUUAGAAUAUGUGACCUUUUGUCUGACUUUGAGCAGUUCUCAGAGAGGUAUAAAAACCUGGCCUUACAGUACAAGUCUAUGUACCCAUCGUUGGAGAUAGAUAUUGAUGGCGAGCUGGAGAAACUCAAGGCAUAUGUGGAACGGAUAAAACCCAUGGUAAGAGAUGGCGUGUUCUUCAUGCACGAGGCUCUGCACGGUGCACCUAAAAAGAUACUGGUGGAAGGUGCCAACGCUGCCCUGCUGGACAUUGACUUUGGAACGUACCCUUUCGUAACCUCCUCCAACUGUACAGUGGGUGGAGUGUGUACGGGCCUGGGCAUGCCACCUCAGAACGUGGGGGACGUGUAUGGCGUUGUCAAGGCCUACACCACCCGAGUAGGCAUCGGAGCCUUCCCAUCUGAACAGAAUAAUGAAAUUGGAGAGCUGCUUCAGACAAGAGGGAAGGAGGUGGGCGUGACCACAGGUCGCAAGAGGAGAUGCGGUUGGCUAGAUCUGGUGCUUGUCAAAUACGCCCACAUGAUUAAUGGCUUCACUGCCUUGGCUCUAACCAAAUUAGACAUCCUGGACGUCUUCCCCGAAAUCAAAGUUGGCGUGGGUUAUAAGGUGGACAAUGAAUUCAUACCAUAUUUUCCAGCAAAUCAGGAGGUGUUACAUAAGGUCGAGGUCCAGUAUGAGACUUUACCUGGCUGGAACAGCAACACCUCAGCUGCUAGGACCUUCGAGGAGCUUCCCGAAAACGCACAGAAAUACGUUCGCUUCAUUGAGGAGUACCUGAAGGUGCCUGUGAAAUGGAUCGGUGUUGGCAAGUCAAGAGAGUCGAUGAUCCAGCUGUUUUAAGGGCUGUGCGGUACUAUCCAAACCCUCUGACUCGUUGGGGGGUCAGAGACAGGAUCCAGCCACUCACCUCUCCAAACACUGCAGUUUCUCAUAAAAACAACAUGAUGGAUUCUUUCUUCUUCACUAGAUGAUACGGUCCUCAAGAACUAUCUCACUUCAUAUGUUUCUUUGGAGGUCACUGUAGGACACCGUAUUGGAAGGUCCUUUGGUCUUUAGGGAACAAACUGUCGAACCUCUCACGAGCACCUGUUGAUCAUUUUCAAGUAGGAUUUUCUGAAACGGACCUUCAUGUGUUCUUGUGGGUCCUGUGUCUUUGUGUCUAGUUUGCCUUUUAAUGAGUAUUUAGAGCAGCAUCACAUCUUUCAGUUAUGCAGACUGAGUGGUUAAUAUAGAGUCAGAAGCUGAAUGUAGGCCCUGAUUUACUAGUAUAAUUAAUUUAUUUCUAAUUUCUAAGUGUCUCUAGGAGGCAGAACCACUAACCUUGAUUUGUUUUAACAGAACAAUUUCUUAACCAAAUGCUGAGUAAUUUAAGAUUUCCAUUAUUGUGCCACUGGACGGCUCGCAGUAUUUCGGUAUGGCCUCAGUUUUGAUUCCUUUAUUGGAAUGACCUUGACAUGAAUAUUGGUUUGCCAUUCAGGUUACUAUGUAAAUGACAAUGAAACAUUUUCUCAUUUGUCACUGUUCACAUAUAGUUGACAGAGCACACAUCCUAUUUGUCUUUGUCUUACUGAUGUGUACUUACUGCCCUAGUAUUUCAUUUGAAGUUUUGAAGCCACUGUAAUCAGUCACAAUUACACGCACACACACACACACACACACACACAUGGUUCUUUAGUAAUAGUAGUAAAAUUAGAAUUUCUUCACUUUCUCAAGUAUAUGUUUACUAUUAAAAGGUGUGAUAUUGACAUUAACCCUUUUGUGGACAGUGUAAGCAUGGUAACGUAAACCUAUUUACUUCUUACUUGUGUUGCACAUGACAGACACAGGCACAGACAGGUUUUUGGCACUUUUCAGGCCAACUUCAUUCAUGAUUUGAAUGUAUUUCUAAUGAGACUCACUUAGUUCAACUCUCAGGAUUUUCUGGUGGUCAUAACUGUAUAUUUUAAUUGUAAUCUCUAGAUUUCUUUGAAUGGUUUGACUGCUUGUCUCUUGUCUAUUUUGGGGGGGGGGGGUUGAGUAAAUAUUUAACAACUCGUGCCAUUAUACUUCACUCUACAAACUAAUUCAAACUUCUUUAAUCUUUCUUUCUUUCUUUUAUUUUUGACAAAAUGUAGCGAUACUUCAUUAUAUCAUUGCUAAUCAGCCUAGGAGUUUAAUAUUUGAAUUCAGCCACACAUCUUUUUGAGAUAGGAAAGGAAUAGAAAAACUUUCUUGGUUAUAUUAUAAAUGAUGACAUGUUCAGGUGCCAUUUAGUGUUCUUCUGGAAAAUGAAUAAGAUUGUGGCCAGUAAGUUUUGGAUAACACUUCCUACAACAACUUGAUUUUAUAAUACAGUAAAUGUAAUCUUAGUUUUGUGUAUGCCGAAAUUCUUUAUGAUGUGUGAAAUAAGACUUAUGUAUAGAUAUAUAUAUGAACCUGCUCCUGAAGAGUGCAACUGCAAAAGCAUGACAUGUCUGCGAGUCCAGGAGCGCAUAAAUGGCCCUGCUCUAUGAGUUCGAGAUGCAUUUGCGGUGUAUUAUGAAUACAAGCUUUUAGGAAGUGUUAUUGAAUUGUGGUUCAUGUUUUUGGGUGUGUGAGUUGUUUUUUUUGUUUUUUUUAAACCACAUUAUAUCAUAUUGGGCUGCAUUUGGAUGUAUUUAUGGAACUGAAUGUUUCCUCAUUUUUGCUGCUCAUCCCAGUAAGAUUAUAGGUGCUCACUGUUGAUUAUCCCUUUAACUUAACUUUAAUUCACUGUCACUGAAAAUCUGUAGAUGCACAUAUUUUCUUUGUCUCAUUGUGACUCUAGAAAUAAUAGCUCCUAUUGUAGCGUUGCUCUUUCUGUCUGUCAUAUUUAUUCCUGAGCUCCUGAUACGCAUCUUUCACACUGCCUUCAUCAGUGAAGAAAGUGUGCCUUGACAAGAAGUCCGAACCAGGUACAAAAAUAUAUGUGAAUGGUUAGAAAUUGAACUCUAGAAGUUCAGAUAUAGAGUAUUUACCAAUAAAAUAUUUUAAUACA